GUACGUCAAAUGCAUCUACGCAUCAGUACUUGUACAAAAGAUAGAUAACCCAAGUAAGCCCAAAAAACCGGUUGAAGUAACGUGACGCAUCAAAACGGAUCUUUAUUUGAUUUCAUCGGAAUAAACUUUUUUUCGUACUGUGUGCAAUAUAACUACCAACGACUGUCUUCGUCCUCUUCAGCUAGAAUAGAUUACCACAAAAAUUAGGUCAAACGAUAACUAUGGCUUCACUUUCGAUCGCCAUGGUUCUUCAAUUACUUUUGUUCGUCGCAGCGCUCUACGCCGUCGAAGUCAACGGAUAUAGUGGUGGUUACGGAGGAGCAGUAGAAUUAGUAUCGACAGUAGCUGAACAAAGGGAGUUUGAUUACUACGCGUUGGCUGUCCAAUGGCCUCCAACUUACUGUUCGAAAUCCACUAAAUGCUGUACUCAAAGCGCUUGUUGCCGAGGAUCAAAUUCUCCAUCAGUAUUCACAAUCCAUGGACUAUGGCCAGAUUACAAUGAUGGAUCAUGGCCAUCAUGCUGCUCAGGUCCUGCUUUUAAUGAAACAGAGAUUUCUACAUUGCGUGGUGUUUUGGAGAGAUAUUGGCCAACUCUAAGUUGCAAGAAACAUGGUACCUGUUCCUCUCCGGUUACAGGCGCGGAGUAUAACUAUUUCUUGACAACCAUCAAUCUGUAUUUUACAUACAAUGUCACAGAAGUUCUUUUUGAAGCUGGAUAUGUACCUUCAAAUUCAGAGAAGUAUCCUGCAGGUGGCAUCAUUUCUGCCAUUGAAAAUGCUUUCCAUACAACCCCACAGUUGAUCUGCACAAAAGGUGCUUUGGAGGAAGUCCGUUUAUGUUUAACCAAGGAUUUCAAGUUCCGAGACUGUGUAACAGGAAGUGAUUGUCCUGAAUAUGUCAGCCUACCGGAAUUCGCUUUCUCAGAUGAUCUAAAUGGCACCAAGACUGCAGAUCAAUCAUUUACUGGCCAUGAAUCCUUCUGAAUUAUUUGCCUGAUGAUGAUGUUCUAUUUUACCGUCGUAGAGUACCAUUUCUAUUUAUCAAUAAGUCAAGGCAAACGUGAUACCAUUUCUCUUUGUAUCUUUAAAACAUUAUAACUUCCACAUUUUAGGGUAUUUAUUUUUAUUAUUGUACCCCCAUUAAUGUAUUGAAUAGAUGAAACUGAAGAUACAUUGAUUCAAAUACAUACCAUCUUAUUCAAGGGUUGAUAUUGAUUCAUAGAUACUAAUACUAUUGACAGUUUUUUAAAAUAGACCUAAAAGAUUCAAUUACAUUUAUUACGGGGAUAAUGACUUAAAAG